GUGCUCACACGAACUUGGAACUCAACCAUUACUCACAUAAAUCUCUCUCUUUCUCUCUUUCUCUCCCUCUAUCUCUCAAUUCUUCAAAAUGCAGAAGCUCAAGCUGCUAUUAGUGUUGUUCAUCUCAGCAUGUCACACUGCUUUGUCCUUCAUAGAUGGUCCAUUGCCAAAUGGUGGCUUCGAGAAAGGGCCAAAACCAGUCCAAUUGAAAGGGUCAGUGGUGACCGGGAAGGAUGCAAUUCCGGAUUGGACAACUUCAGGGUUCGUCGAAUACAUAAAGUCAGGGCAACAACAAGGCGACAUGUUGCUAGUGGUGCCCGAGGGCAAAUACGCGGUUAGACUUGGCAACGAAGCUUCCAUUAAGCAGAAGGUGAAGUUGGCUAAGGGGUUGUUCUACUCGAUCACGUUCAGCGCGGCCCGCACAUGCGCGCAGGAGGAGAAGCUGAACGUGUCGGUGGUGCCAACCAAUGAGAAGAAGGAUUGGGGAAUCAUCCCCAUUCAAACAAUGUAUGGUAGCAAUGGUUGGGAAUCAUUUGCUUGUGGGUUUAGAGCAGAUUAUCCAGAAGGAGAAAUUGUGAUCCAUAACCCUGGUGUUGAAGAGGAUCCAGCUUGUGGCCCACUUAUUGAUUCUGUUGCCUUGAAGGUUUUGAACCCACCCAGAAGAACCAGAGACAAUUUGCUUAAAAAUGGGAACUUUGAAGAAGGUCCUUAUAUGUCUCCUCGUGAGUCUUGGGGGGUUUUGAUCCCACCCCACGCUGAGGACAGUCAUGGUCCUUUACCAGGAUGGAUAGUUGAGUCUCUGAAGGCUGUGAAGUAUGUUGAUUCUGACCACUUUGCUGUGCCUGAGGGAAAAAGAGCAAUUGAGCUUGUUGCAGGAAAAGAAAGUGCUAUUGCACAAGUUGUGAUCACUUACAUUGGCAAGGUUUAUGACCUCACAUUCUCUGUUGGUGAUGCCAACAAUGCAUGUGAAGGUUCCAUGGUGGUAGAAGCAUUUGCUGGUCAAGACACUGUCCAAGUUCCUUAUCAAUCUAAGGGCAAAGGAGGGUCUGUUACAGGGAAACUAAGGUUUAAGGCUGUGACAGAACGAACUCGCAUCAGGUUCCUAAGCACAUUUUACACCAUGAAGAAUGAUAACUCUGGUUCUCUUUGUGGACCUGUUAUUGAUGAUGUCAAAUUGCUCAGUGUUCGCUAUCCUAACAAACACCCUUGAUGAAGAGAUUGUGUAGCUAAAGUCAGAAUCAAUUCUGUGAAGAAGCUUUGGCGAGCAGCUUUUGGGUUUCAAGAUUGGUUUUGAGGGAAAAGAAGUUAAUACGAACAUGUUAUAAUGAAAUCAAAAUGUUGAGUAAUUAAUCUAUUUAGUUAAGCAUAUAUACUCUAGGGUAAUUCAUGUAAGAAUAGGAAGUGUUGUUGAGUGAGCUUAUGGAGUUUCAUUCAUGUAUUUAAUUUACAUUAUAAUAUAAAUCUGCUACACUUGUUUUCAUGUUUUCCAA